AUGUCCAGCGACCUAGGUGAUGAUGGGCAGGAGGUCAGAUCCACCAAAGCCCGUUCCCUUACCACCGCUGUGUCGUCCAGUGUCCAACAAACUGAGGCCAGUGGCAAAUCCAAUAAUCCCUCAUUCCAUGCCAUAAACAUUGGCAACUACUGCCACUUCUGUUGCGAACACAUCCAACAACCAUACUGCCACGAAUGUGUCAAUUGCGGUGGCAUCAUGUGCCAACAGUCCAUUCUUUGGGGCAGCAACUGCCUCUGUUACAGAAUGGUGGAUACCACCAAGGACUUUUGCUGCCCGAUUUGUGCUAGGACCGCAGCUAACAAGGAUGCUCCGCUGUCCUACACCAUCCUGGCAUACUGGAUAUGGAAGAAAGUUAAGAUGACCUGGCCCAUGGUAAUCGUCAGCCUGAGCCUGGAGUCCCUGAAAGACAACUACCUAGCAUCGACAGUGAGAUGUGAGGUAGAGUAUCACUACAGGGAUAAGGUAAUCGCAAGAACCUGUUUGUCAAAGACUUGCACAUGCAUGGGGGGUGCACAUGUGUCCCAGUCCAGGAAGCUUGCUGAAGGUGUUAGCUUCAUGAAAUGUAACAUUGAAGCUGGAUUCCCCCCCAACACAUUCGUAAUUGUGGACACCCAUUCCGAUGAGUAUAGUGGAAUGCUCCAGCACACUGGAGGGCACACCGGCGGCACCAACACCACAAUCACAGAAAUUGUGACUGCAUACCUUGGCGAGGAGUUCCUGAAAGGCACAGCAAACACUUCGCUUGCUGCAAGGAGUGACAAAACUGUUGUCACCACAAAAACAGGCCAAGAGCCGUGGUGCAAGCUCACACCCAAUGCCAGAGGAGGCAGAAGAGUACUGAUGCUGGUAAGCUGUGGCCCUGCGAUCAGGGUUCACCAUCACUUUGAAUCCAUGGUAGAGCUGGUGGACAAAGACAUGUUCGAUUUUGUGCUUGGGUUUGGUGGAUCAGGGAUGUUGCCAUCCUUCAUAUCAAUAAUCGUGAGAUCUCUCAUUGUCAAGUGCGGGGUGUUCAGAGCCACAGAUGUCUGGGUGUUGUUUUGCGACUUGAUCGCUGCAAAUCAGGGCAUCUUUGAUUACACUACCACUGUCCUGGUGUACGCCACCACCACUAAAGGAAAAAAAAAUGUCGAGUGCCGUCAGAUAGUGAAGAACAGCCCUGGGCGCCGUGUGUUUGGCGCCGAAUACAGGUCCUGUGGCACAGCAGGGUGUAAUCUGUCUGCGACAAACAUACAUGUGUACAAUUGUAGCACAGGUAGACCUAAGGUGAGUCUACUGUGCUUGAAGUGCAGUUGGACAUUCAUGUGGGUGAGGACGGACGAAGAUAAUGAGCAUUUCAAGAGGGUUCACCCAGUCCUGGUGCCACAAGUCUUCUGGCACCAUUUCCUGCCUUCCACAGGCCUACAAAACUUUUUCGAGGGCAAGGGCAAAGGAGGCAAAGGGAAUGGGAAGAAGAGAUGUCAUACCGUGAUGGACGAACACAUGAUGAAAGAUGAAGUUGAUCCUAUCACCAUGGACAUCAAUGCUAUGCUGAAGCUUGCUACUCUGCACAUGGCCGUCAAGGCCCAUACUGGGUGA